GCAUUCGGCGUCCUUUUGGCUUUCUUCCCUCUUUGUAUGUGUCUUUGAAGCGAUAAACAAUCAGCCAACUAUGGGGACCGUUAACGGUGGAACCAUUAUCAGCUUCACCCCCAACCCUCCUUCUUUACACGCCGUAACCAGCCGAAUGCCUUCGCAUCAUCCUACGGGUUGUGCAAACUUUACCUUUCAAAUUCCUUCAAGUAGGAAUACUAACUCUGCUGAAAGACGAGCCAACCACAACGCUGUCGAACGGGCACGACGGGAAUGUUUAAAUACCAAAUUUCAAGAGCUUGCCCAUGCAUUACCUUCCUUAGCGCAAGUUCGUAGGCCUUCAAAGUCAAUAAUUGUGCAGAAGUCAUUAGAUUUUAUUUACACAUCUCGUCAAAAAGAUGAUCUGCACGAUAAAGAGAUGCGAAGCAUUCGAAGUGAAAACGAAUCACUGCGUGAGGAGGUUAACAGACUAAGAGAACAAUUAGGCCUAGAACCUCUACCACCUCGCGAGGAAUCUAAGCCAAUACCUCAACAAGUUGAUGAAAUUAAAGAGGACGCCAACACCAGCACAAUAUCGAAUUCACCAGAAAUAAAAAUUGAAGCUGAUAAUAAUCCUACCACCACCAAUGCGCAGGAGUCGGCAAGUUCCUCCGCUACUCAUAUUAAAUCAGAAGAUUCACGCUCUGACGAUGAUAGUAACGGGAACACCGAUGAUGAUUACGAUUUGGACCAUUCAGAUCUGAUAGAUGCUAAGGUUAAUACAGAGAACAAUCAAUUAAUUGAAAACCAACCAUGUUUAUAUGACCCUUUAAUGUAUCCGCAACUGCUAGAUCCAAAUUUGAACCAUCAUGCUGAUUAUUCAACAUCAGAAUUUGGGUUCCAUAUGGAUAUGACAUCAAUAGAUAGCAUUUAUUUUGAUCAUGAUCAAUUAGUAACAAAUGAUAUUGAGUCAUUUUGUCAUCCAUUUCAACAAAAAUUUUAUCCAUCUCCACCAGCGACGACAAUGCUAGAUCUUACUGGACAGAUACCGGGCUUUCCCAUGAAUACUGAAAGUUCACAUGUAGAUUUUCAUUCAUAA